GCUUCAAGGGGUGCUGCGAAUUUUCGAGGCUGCUGCCCGGCGCCGGCGACGAAGUGAUGCGGCGGAGGUGCGCCCGUGGGCUCGACCCGCCUCAAGGGUCAGAAGCAAGCUCAGCACUGACCCCCAGGCGCCACGUGGCAGGCUCGUCCGAGCAGCGCAUCUCCGCCAGCGACCCUCGGGCCAGAGCGAAGGGUGCAGGCCCACCUUGACGUGCACUGGCAGUUGCCGAGCCUCUCGCAGCUCGCGACCCUUGAGAUCCCCCUACGAGAGGGGCUCGAGCGUGCUGGCCUCCUCAGCACAGCAGCAAGGGCGAUGGGGCUGAUCGUCGCCGCCCAUCGGCAGGAGCCUGCACGCUUAGCCUCGCUGCGCACUCUGCUGGGCGCCCGAUGGGCUUCGUGCCGCAUGCUGCCGCUCUGCAUCGCUGGCGUGGUCGCAUGCCGGCAAGCACGCAAGCGCGCGAGCCGUGCCUGGCGCUUGGAGGCCAGCAUCAGCAGCAGCAAGAUGGCCUCGCUGGCAGUCAAGGCUGCAGCGGCAGCGCAUCGCCGCGCUGGAGGCCGGAGCGCAGCUCAGACUGAGAGAGGGCCGCGCGGCGCUCCCCUUGAGGCGCAGCGGUCCAACGUGCGCGCUCCCGGCGCCGACACCCUCGGGCCGCCACAGCAGGCGGCAGCAGCUUGCGCCGUCGCGUUGGCGCGGUGGGGUCGUGCGAUGGCCCGCAGCGCGCAGGCCGCCGUCAGUCCGGCGCCGAGCUCGGCCUGCGGGAGCUCGAAGGGGCGACGAAGAGCGAGAGCGCCGAGAGCGGUCCGACCUUCUCGAGCUGCAUGCUUACCUCGCACGUCGCAGCCUCCACGCACGGCGAUCGCUGCACGCUCUGCACCGAGGCCCGCGCUUCUUCAGGCGGGCUCAAGCGGGCUGGGCGACGAGCGUGGAGCCGAACAGCAUCCACCUUGGGCCACGCAAGACCCUGCCCUGUGCUGCUUCAAGCCUAGCCACCGCGAGAGAGAUCUGAGCGUUGCAUCUCGAGAAGCGCUGCAACCCCCGCCCUUCUUCGCACGGCCCGGACGGGGAUGUUGAGUCGCUGCUCCUCCGAGAUGCGGGAGCGCUCCUACGCGCCUGCGCUGGCAAGGGUCGCUGUGCAGGCUGGACAGCGCAGAGGGUCCUGCUGUCGGCCCUCAACCCCGCGGCCUGGCCCUCCGGGCUCCGAGGCCGAGCAGCAGCAGAGCCGCUGCUCGAGGCGGCAUGCUGGCGACCUCCAGGCCUCCGGCUCGCGCUCUGAGGCGCCUUGACGUCUUUGAAUUUGCUGCACCUGACAGCUGCAGGC